UCACCGUCAGUCAAUACAACCUCAUCACCAGUCAACACAACGUCAGCACCAGUCAACACAACCUCGUCAUCAGUCAACAUAACCUCAUCAACAGUCAAUGCAACCUCACCAACAGUCAGUGCAACCUCACCAUCAGUCAAUGCAACCUCAUCACCAGUCAAUGUGACCUCACCACCUGUCAACACAGCCUCAUCACCAGGCAACUCAACCUCAACAACAGCCAACGUGACUAUGCCAACAAUCAAUUCCACCUCAACAACAGCCAGCACAGUCUCACCAACAGCCAACUCAACGUCAUCCCCACAACCAGGAACCACAAUGUCUUCACCAGCUAAUGCAAGCUCUGCACCUGUAACUGGAACAUCUGCCACACCAACAAUCUUAACUAGUGCCACUCCAGCUAUCACCACAACGGCCGCACCAUCACAGCCAGCAGUUAACCUGGAUUUUAGACUAAAUGAGCCUUUCCGAGACGAACUAUCAAACAAGUCCUCACCUGAGUUCAAAGAAUUAGCAAACAAUCUAACCAAAGUGUUAAAUGCAACCUAUUCAAACCGAUUUGGAGACGACUUUGUAGGAGCCGUCAUUGACGAUUUCAGUCAAGGGUCCAUUGUGGUAAAUUCGAGGCUGAUAUUCAAUAAUGCAACAACAGUACCAAAUGCCACUACUGCAGUUGAGACUUUACAAACUGCUGCCUCCUCCUCAAAUUUUUCUCUUAAUGUCAACACAACAUCAAUUACAGCGAGAGUUGUGUUGCCACCAACUGAAGCUCCAGCCACAACUGCACCUACAACACUGGGAAAUUCAACUGUAUCACCAGCUGGCUCUACUGCUGCUCCUAAUACUACAGCUGCUACGACUGCACCUCCAACAACAGCUCUAACUACAGCUUCAUCCAGUGAAAACACCCUGGGUCUUCAGUUUAGCCUUAAUCAAACCUUCACACCAGAUCUGUCCAACCCAUCGUCAACAGCAUUUCAAAAUUUAGCUGCAGUUGUGAUCACAGAGGUAAACAGAGCAAGUCGGAACCUCUAUGGAUCAAGUUUCAUUAACUCCAGUGUUGUGGCAUUCACUAAUGGAUCGGUGGUUGCCAAUAUGGAUCUCAUGUUUGUAAAUCAAAGCUCAGUGCCUUCAACAACUAAUGCAACUUCACAACUCAGUAGUGAGCUUACCAGCAGCUCCUCCUCCCUGAACAUUAUACCAGGCAGUCUUACUACAAUUUCCAGGUCUACUUCGACUGCUGCACCCACUGUUACGGCUGCCUCAACUGCAGCUUCAACUGCAGCUUCUAACACAACCGCUGCCACGACCGCAGCUUCCAACACAACUGCUGCUACAACUGCAGCUUCCAACACAACUGCUGCUACGACUGCAGCUUCCAAC